AUGAGUCAAGCUGAGGAAAGCAGUAUCCACUCCACGUGGAAUAUCGUGAGGUCAGUUGUCUGCAUAAUACUGAGUUUGUCAUUUAUUAUUGGGACCCCUGGAAAUUGCAUCGUCAUCUGGACUGUUUGUACAAAGAUGAAACAAAUAUCUCCUUCAGUCCUGCUGAUCUUGAACCUGGCCAUUGCAGACGUCCUUGUACUAAUUACUUUACCAAUCUGGAUUUACUCCUUUGCCGACUCAUGGGUUUUUGGAGUCAUCUUCUGCAAAAUACUGGUUUUCCUUAUUUACUGCAGCAUGUAUGCUAGUAUAUUUCUGAUUACAGCACUGAGCUUGGAGCGGUUAGUGGCUGUGUUUUACCCUUUCACAAUUCAAAGAUACAAAACAAAAGGAAAGAUUCUGUUAAUCAUGUUCCUCAUUUGGUUCCUGUCUAUUGCUUUUGGCAUUUCUGUCAUUCUGUUUCAAGAGACAGAAGAAACGAGCGGUAGGCUGCAAUGCACAUGCCGCAACUACUCUUCUAAUAGACAGAAAGUGUCCUAUCUUUUGCUGGAGACUCUUGCAGGUUUUGUCAUCCCUUUUUUAAUUAUUUCCACUUGUUAUGUGUGUGUUGCAAGAAGACUAAGCAGAAUGACUUACCAAUCUAAGCAGCGAUCGGAACGGCUCAUUGCCAGCAUUGUGGUGGCAUUCAUUUUAUGCUGGUUCCCACAUCAUCUCUUUAACAUCCUGGAUAUUAUUUCAGUUCAGAUAGAACUCUCUAACGAGGAAAUGUCUUUGGCACUGGAUGAAAUUGUAGGCAGAGGAGUGUACAUCUCUGGAGCGCUUGUAUUCAUCAGUAGCUGUAUUAACCCUCUACUUUAUGCUUUUGCUGCACGAAGAUUUCAGAAUCACCUGAGGUUCGCCAAGAUAUCAAAGCUGUUUGAACAGAUGAGUCAUACAGUAACAGAGGAAGACAAGAAAAAAAGUUUGGUUAUAGCCAAACAAGAAGAUACUAUAGUUCAGGUCAUUGAAACAAAAAUGUUCACAAAAAACACAGUUGAGACAAUGGCAAAAAGAUACGCCUCCAAAUGUCCCAUUUUUGACUCAGCACUUUGCCAUUAUUUUUUGUAUGCCAAGGGAUAUGGAGAUCCCAAGGAGGGGUUUCUUCUUGUCUUCUACAUUUACGGGCAAAAUGAAACACGUAGGAAGUAUGGCAUAUAUGUGUGGGAAGUGGAGUUUCACACUUUCAGAAGUUUGUUUCCCCCUGUGGUCAUGACGGCUUCGCACAGUGACUCUUUGGUGGUGUUGUUUGGGGCAACAGCUGGUGCAUAUGGGGCUAAACUGGGUUCGGAUGAGAGGGAACUAAUUCUCUUGGUGUGGCAAGUUGUGGAUCUACCCAGCAAGAAG